AUGUUGACGCGACUUUUCAGCGAGCCCAGCCUGAUCCCCGAAGUUCAGAAAUUCUCCAGCUGGGCCGAGGAGUGCGAGGAGGAUGCCCGCAGCGACAAGGAGGAGCGGAAGGGUAAGGGCUGCGCCCUCCCCGAGGAGCCGCCCGAGGGCUCGCUGGGGGAAAGCAAGGAGGAAGGGGAGCUAGGCGGGGACGAGGAGGAGGAGGAGGAGGAGGAGGAAGGCCUGGAGGAGGCGGAGGGCGAGCGGCCCAAGAAGCGCGGCCCCAAGAAGCGCAAGAUGACCAAGGCGCGCCUGGAGCGCUCCAAGCUGCGGCGGCAGAAGGCGAACGCCCGCGAGCGGAACCGCAUGCACGACCUGAACGCGGCCCUGGACAACCUGCGCAAGGUCGUGCCCUGCUACUCCAAGACCCAAAAGCUCUCCAAGAUCGAAACGCUGCGCCUGGCCAAGAACUACAUCUGGGCUCUCUCCGAGAUCCUGCGCUCGGGCAAACGGCCCGACCUGGUCUCCUACGUGCAGACUCUGUGCAAGGGGCUCUCGCAGCCCACCACCAACCUGGUGGCCGGCUGCCUGCAGCUCAACUCCCGCAACUUCCUGACGGAGCAGGGCCAGGAGGGCGGCCGCUACCACGGCCCCAACGCGUCGUUCGCCGUGCACCCCUACCCCUAUCCCUGCUCGCGGCUGGCCGCCGCUCAGUGCCCCCCGCCCGCCGGGCCGGGUUCGCACGGGCUGAGGACACACAGCUACUGCGCGUCCGCUUACGAGAGCCUCUACGGCAACGCGUCCCCCGAUUACAACAGCUCGGAGUACGACGGCGGGCUCAGCCCCCCGCUGUGCAUUAACGGCAACUUCUCCCUCAAGCAAGACUCUUCCCCCGACCACGAGAAAAGCUACCACUACUCUAUGCACUACUCGGCGCUGCCCGGCUCCCGCCCCGCCGGCCACAAUCUGGUCUUCGGCUCGGCGGGGGUGCGCGGGGGGGUGCACUCCGAGAACCUCUUCCCCUACGAUAUGCACCUCCCGCACGAGCGGGGCCCCAUGUACGAGGAGCUCAACGCCUUCUUCCACAACUGA